AUGUUAAAUACUAAACUAACUAAAUUCAUAGAUUCAAAAGCAGAUCAAGUCAAUUCAUAACUUAAAUCUGCUCAAAACACCCUACAAAAUCAAACAUCACAAUUAACUAAUUAAAUUACAGAUGCAAAUCAAACAAUGAAAGUUGCUGCUCCUUUACUAAAAGCCAUGGGUAAUGAUCAAAUCCUAUUAUUUUAAGGUCAUUCAGAAGUUGCUCAAAUUUCCAAAGGAUUAGAUUUGGCUUAGAAGAAUCUAGUACCUAUUAUAGAUUAAACCAAUAAAACUAUACAAAAGGGCACUGAUAUCGUUAAUUCUUAAAUUUAAAAAGCAUCUAACUUAGCAAAUUAGUAAAUUCAGAAAGUUAAUGUAAAAUAUAUUAUAAAUAAUAAAGGAACAAGUUGGACCAUAAUUAGAAUAGGGUUAACAGAUUAUUAAGUAAUAAUAUGAAAAGGGUAUGGAAGCGAUUAAAGAAAAUUAAAAUUUUUAAUCUAUUGCUGUAAAAGCUGCAGUAGUAGGGAUGGCAAUAAAUUAAAUGAUGGAAACUCCAACAGAUGAUGGAUCAGGCAUAUUAAAUUAAAAAAAAGAAAAUACAUAAUAAUAAUAAUAAUAAUAAUAAUAAUAAUCAAUUAUUACUAAUUAAGGUAAUACAGAUAUUCAUAAAUAAUAGUUAAAAUAAGAAUUAAAUUUCUUUCAAAAUAAAAUUAAAUAAUACAUUAAAAAAAUCACAGGAAAAUAAGUCAAUUCUAGAAUUGAAUAUUUAUGUCUUAUCUAAUAAAAACUUAAAGAUAAUAUAGAUGCUAAUUAUUAAUAAUAAUCUAAAUAAUCACUAAAAAAUGAAAUGUGGAAAGCAGCUUAUUAAGAGAGAAGAAUUUAAAGUCAUUAAAUUUUUAUUUAAUAUAUGACUAAAAUGGUUGAAUUUAUAUUUGAAUACUUAACAAUUGUUGAAACUGUAUUUUAACAAAUAAAAAUGAGAUAUAAAUCUUCAAAUAAUUCAUUUGAAAUGAUCCUCAAUUAUUGCAAUAAUUUAUCAAUACAAUUAGAUUAUUUUACAACAUAUAGUUAUGUUUAACCAAAUUAAAAUUUUUUAAGCAGACUAUUCACUAAUUAAACUAAAUUAUAAAUAAAAAAUAGUCAAACAAUGAAAAAAUCAACUAAAUCAAGUAAUUUAAAUGAGAAUGCAGAAACUUAAAAUUAACAAUUAGAUUAAAAGGAAGAUAAAUAAGAAGUACAAUUCUAUCAUUAAGAAUUAUGCUAAAAGUUUAAUAAUCUUGAAAGUGAAUAUUAAUAGCAUAUAUAAAAUAUACAAAUACUAAAGAACAAUUUGAAAGGAGAAAUUAAAGAUAAACUAAUAAUUUGUUAAUAAAUGAAUUAAUAAAAGAUAUCUGAUUAUUUGAUGUAAGUUCAAGGAUAAAGAAAUAUCACUUUUGAAGCAGUUGAACAAUUUUAUAAGAGUUUCAUUUAAUAUGAAUUAAUUUAUUCUUAAAAUGUAGAAGCAGCAUUUGAAGGAGGACAACAGAUAAAAGAUAUAUAUAAUGAGGAAUAUAGAAUGUAUUGUAAAUAAUUAAUUAAAUUUAGAUUACUUUAAAUCCCUUAUAAAACAAUAAUAAUAAUUUGGUUUAUUUACAACAUAUAUUCUUAAAGAAAUAUCAUAAUUUGAAUAUACUAGAAUAGAAUUUCUAUAGAAAGUAUUCACACAAUUAACUUCAGAAUUGGGAAAAUAUUUUCAAUUUCCAAAUUAAAAAACAAUAGAUUUCUCAAAUCCAUUAAUAUUAUAAUAAGCAAAAUCAGCAUUCGAUAUAAAUUAAUUAUUAACUUCUGAAUAGCUUGUAAUAAUUAAAAAAUACUCAGGCAUACCUUUAGAAAAUGAUAUUACAACAGAUAUAUAUUCAGCAUUCGCUUCAAAUUUUACAAGUAUAUAAUAUUAAUCAAUUUCUAGUACCUUCUCCUGAAUCUCUAUUGUAAUCAUCUCCUUUGAUUCUAAAAAAGUAUGAAAUCAAAAGGGAUGUUGCUUGGGAAAGAUCAUUAAGUUUUGGAAAAGACUUUGUACCAACAAAUUUCAUAAUAACUGUUGAUGGAUUUUUGCUAUUUUUUGACACAGAUUGGAAAGAACAGAAUAAUGAGGAACCAAUUUAAUGUCAUAAUUUUAUGGUUAUAAAUGAAGUAUUGAAUAUGAAUUAAUUAAAUAGUUAGCAAUAAAGGAGAGAUAAAGUAAUGAAACAAUUGUAGAAUUGAUAGUGAAAAAACAAGGAAAAUUAUUUGAUACACAUAAGAAAUAAAUAUUAAUGAUGAAUGAUGUUAUGGAGAAAGAAUCUUUAAAAUUAUUACUAAAUUAAUUUAAAUGA